AUGACCAAUGAUAAUGAUCCUCCAAGAACAUCCCAAAGGAGUGAUCCGGGAUGGAAAUAUUGUCAUCUGAUGGAUGAAUCAAAUUUAAAUACAACUAUUUGCAAUUAUUGUGGGAAAGUCAUGAAAGGAGGAGUUACUAGAGCAAAAGAACAUCUCAUGGCAAAGAAGGGCAAUGUUGCUGCUUGCACUAAGACUCCGAAAAAUGUGAGAGAAGAACUUUGGAAAUUAUAUAAAGAAAAAGCAGAUAGCUCCUCUAUCAAUCCUAGAUAUAAUGCAACCAAUGAUAACCAUGAGAGUGAAGAUGAAGUUGAAAUUUCUACGACUAGCAAUGAUAAAGGGAAAAAUAGCGGUGGAAGGAAAGGACCAAUGGAUAUGUUCUGUAGAAAUCCAGCCGCUGCGAUAGAGAAGAGAAAAAAGGAAAAACUAAGGCAAGCUAACAUCAAAGAGGCAUGUGACAAAAAUUUAAAGGCCUCGGUUCAUCAAUAUAUUGCUCGAUUUUGGUACCAAGCAGGUUUGUCAUUCAACCUUGUGAAAUUGAAAAGUUUUCAAGAUAUGAUUGAUGCCAUAGGUGCUUAUGGACCCAAUUUACCCGCGCCUAGUUAUCAUGAAAUCAGAGUUCCGCUUCUCAACAAGGAAGUUGAGUACACUGAGAAGUUGUUGCAAGAUCAUAAAUUGCAGUGGAGCAAACAUGGUUGCUCUAUUAUGUCAGAUGCAUGGACUGAUCGAAAGCAACGAUGCUUGAUUAACUUUUUGGUGAGCUCCCCUGCAGGGACAAUGUUUGUCAAGUCCAUUGAUGGUUCAAACUUUGUGAAGACAGGAGAAAAACUAUUUCAGAUGCUUGAUUCCCUUGUGGAGGAAAUUGGAGAAGAAAAUGUUGUUCAAGUUAUAACAGAUAAUGGGAGCAAUUAUGUGUUGGCUGGUAAGUUGUUAGAAGAGAAAAGACCUCAUCUCUAUUGGACUCCUUGUGCUGCCCAUUGUAUAGAUUUGAUGCUUGAGGAUAUUGGAAAGCUUCCUUUGAUAAAGAAGACAAUUCAAAGAGGAAUUAGUCUUGUUGGCUUUAUCUAUAGCCAUUCUAGUACCUUGAGUUUGUUGAGACAAUUUACAAAUAAGAGGGAAUUAGUAAGACAUGCAGUUACAAGGUUUGCUACCUCCUAUUUAUCAUUACAAAGGUUGCAUCAAGAGAAGGGAAGUUUGAGAAAGAUGUUCACUUCUGAUGAAUGGAGCAAUAACAAGCUAUCAAAGGAAGCCAAGGGGAGGGAGGCUACAAAAAUUGUUCUUAUGCCUUCAUUUUGGAAUCAAGUAGUAUUUACUCUCAAAGUCAUGGCUCCUCUUGUUCAUGUGCUUCGUUUAGUUGAUGGGGAAAGAAAAGCAGCUAUGGGUUAUAUAUAUGAAGCAAUGGAGAAAGCCAAGGAAACAAUAAUGAAGUCGUUCAACAACGAUGAAAGUAAAUACAAUGAUGUAUUCACAAUUAUUGAUAAUAGAUGGACAUGUCAACUUCAUCGCCCCUUGCAUGCUGCUGGUCACUUUUUGAACCCAGAGUUCUUUUAUUCCAACCCAGACAUGGAAUAUGAUUUGGAAGUUACAAACGGAUUAUAUGAUUGCAUUAGGAGGUUGGUGCCAAGUAAAGAUGUGCAACAAAAAAUUUUAACUGAGUUACCUCUUUAUAAGAGUGCAAAUGGACUCUUUGGUGAUGAUUUUGCCAAAGAAUCAAGGAAAACCACAACCCCAGGUGAGACACUCGAACACUUUUUAAAUUGUGCUAAGAUAUAA